CUAAUCUACAAACUGUGCCAGUUUGGAACCCACCCGAUGUACACUUUGUUGUUGAGGCCGUGGAACGUUGAGGGAAAGUGCGAGUGCAUUGAGUGGUCAAUUACUGUAUGUCAAUAUAGCGAAUAUUGGAGUGCCGAAGUGCGAGCCCCCCCCGAGGCAGGCUGCGAAUGAUCCUUCGUACAAUGAAAGCACUUCUACUUAUCACGGCCCCCCACUGCUAUUUAUUAACAAUGCGACAGAGUGCAAGGCGGGGGGCGAUGCAUGGUUUAGCUGCACACCAUGUGAUUGAUCCAGCAGUCAACAUUGAAACCAACCGACGGUUCCUUGGACUCGAUCUAAUUCUAUGCGCUCAGGGCAAGGAAUCUGUCUGCACUUCAUCCAAGCAAAUGCCCAAACCACAUUCCACUAUCGACUCCUCACUGAGAUAUUUUCGGAAUUUGCGCCGCGAAAAUGGAAAGUGGACACAGCGGAUUCUCAGUGUGGACAUUGUGAACCUUCACGCAACCGGCAGGGGCAAUCGCAUCUCGGUCACCCGCUUUCAUGACUUCUCGUGCGCAGUCCCGCUUGGCCGCUAUAUAGGAUCGAGCUGUCCGCCAGCUUCCUCGCCGGCAAGCCAUUACGAUAAUUGUUGCUGUAUCAGCUGUAGUUUCCUUCGAACGAAACCAAUGCCAUGGGCUCGCACUCAGCCCUAGGCUAGGCUUGAAGCUGAAGGCUUACCAAUCUGAUGGUACAGCCUGUUUCGUUGACAGGGUCCGUCACGUCAGUAUACUACUAAUGGACUGACAUCAUGCAUAUAUGCACAUCAAUUCAGCGAGACUGGGGAAGGCACUACUAUGUAAUGUGAUAUCGAGAACAGAAUUGACAAUGAGCUCCUUAGAAGCUAGCUUCUUCCGAUGACGAUUGAUCAUUAUAUGUAUUAUAAUCGAUAGAGCCAUAAUCAAUAAACGGAACGGUCAAACCA